GGAGUAAGGGCUCUGCACUUCUGCAGUGACGCCCUCAGACACUGCCGCUGCCCCAUGCCCUCCGCACACUGCAUCGCACCUCCAGUGAUGGCAGUGUGCCCCGCCUCCGCCUCCGCCUCCGCCUCCGCCUCCGCCUCCGCCUCCGCCUCCGCCUCCGCCUCCACCUCCGCCUCCGCCUCCGCCUCCGCCUCCGCCUCCGCCUCCGCCUCCGCCUCCGCCUCCGCCUCCGCCUCCGCCUCCGCCUCCGCCUCCGCCUCCGCCUCCGCCUCCGCCUCCGCCUCCGCCUCCGCCUCCGCCUCCGCCUCCGCCUCCGCCUCCGCCUCCGCCUCCGCCUCCGCCUCCGCCUCCGCCUCCGCCUCCGCCUCCGCCUCCGCCUCCGCCUCCGCCUCCGCCUCCGCCUCCGCCUCCGCCUCCGCCUCCGCCUCCGCCUCCGCCUCCGCCUCCGCCUCCGCCUCCGCCUCCGCCUCCGCCUCCGCCUCCGCCUCCGCCUCCGCCUCCGACCCGAGCAGACUGGCCGCAGUACACGGCCUACUGACGCACCGCAGUGCCAGCGGCCUCGUGCGCCAUAAGAUGUGAGGCUUUACACCUGGACGCGCCGGACCUGUCUAGGCCAAAGAAGGCAUAGCUGGCUGCAUGCACGUAGGGGCAUGUCGAGUUGCUGACGCAUAUCAGGCUCAGUCGUAGGGCACUGGGUCUGUGUCCGUCCUGGGCCCGGGGCGCAUAGGGCACCGUGCACAGGCAUGGGCGUGUUCCGCGGGGCAUGCGCGCGAAGGCCUGAUGGGAGGAUUACGGUGUGCUGGGAUGUUUUGCCCUUGCAAAGAUGAUUGAGCAUUGGGCGUUAGUAAUUGAGUGCAGCAUAAUGAGCAUGAGCAUCGCAUGGGGUCGAGGCCUCGAGGGGCAUGGCAUUGGUAGGAAGGGUGUCCUGCUGGCGUGCCAUGGCAGGCCAUGUGGUGCUGUGGGGUCGAGGGGCGCAUAGGGCACCGCGCACAGGCAUGCGCUCGAGGGCAUGCCCCGAACUCAGCCUCGGGGCAUGCAGGGUUGCAUAGUACGCGACCCUCUCUCCAUAAUACGCGUAUUAAUACAGCGUACUAGGAUUUCUAGUACAGUACGUUAAAAUACGGUGCAUAAUACGCUGGGCCACGAAAUCCGGGGGGAAAGCCGGUGCAGACACGACCCGAAUAAGUGGGAAUUUGGAUUUGCGCGGCCAUAGUCUUCUAGCGGAGUUUCCUUCAACUUAUUAUACUCA